UUGAGACAAGAGAUUGAGUCCCAAAUCGGAGACCGAAUGCCAACACAUGAGGACAGGAAUCGAUGCCAUUAUGUCAUGGCUUUUAUUGCAGAGACACUGCGGGCCAGAAAUGUCGUGCCCACUGGACUCCCACAUAAAGCUAUUGUUAAUACAAAACUUGAUAAAUAUACAAUACCUGAAAAUAUGGGAGUUUGGGUAUAUCAGGGAAUUGUUUGCUCUAAUAAUAAAGACUGGCAAAAUGAACGUGAAUUCAAACCCGAGAGAUUUAUUGAUAGUGAGGGACAAUACAUGACAACCCGUCCCAAAGCAUACAUACCCUUUGGUGUGGGCCGUCGUGUCUGUCCGGGCGAAAGGCUGGCCAUCGCUGACCUGUUCCUGGUUUUGGUCCGAUUUCUUCAAUUAACACAAGACUAUGAGAUAAUCCUCGACAGUAACGGCGGUAUAGAUCCUAACCCUGAUAUCACUGAUCAAUUAGCGCCUUAUCCUUAUAAAAUUAAAUUUCAUAAACGUUAA